AAUAUUGUGCAUCAUGGUCAAGUAACAACAUGAAGCACGCCCACAGCUUAUCAUUUUACAGUGAUGGAGUCCAGGCUUGUGCGCCCCCUCUUCUCUCCCCUCCUCUCCUCUCUUCUCUUCUCCUCCGCCUUUCUUGUCCCAGUGCCCAAAAAUGUGAAACGCAAUCCGAGCACCAGGUCACAGCGAGUGGCUAUUUUAAACUGUAAAAAACUCCGCUUAGCUCGAGAGGAAUAUGGAAGCAGGAGCAAGCGGACUCUCGGCUGGAAUUAAAAUAAAAUGACGGAACCUCGCUCGUCGUUCCGCGUUUAUUCACCGUUUACGUUUUGUGUGAUUUUGUUGCUUGCGUGUUUCUCAUGUCUCUCCCGGUAGUCCUGCCUGGAUCGUGUUGUCGUUUAACCGGGGCUUCUCUCGCCCCUCAGUUCGCCGAUCCGUCUCGAAGGAGCCGCUGUAUGGCCACAGUUCCGUGGCGGAUGCGAGGAUCGGAGUCGCGGCUGGUGCCGCCGCUGCUGCCCGCGCGCCCGCUGCUCUCUCUCGGGCUGCUGCAGCUGGUGCUCGGCUGCUCCAUGGUGGCUCUCUCGUUCGGGGCUCUCUCCCUCAGCAACUCGCCUCCUGUCCGCAAUUCGUGUCCGUUUUGGGCAGGAUCAUCAGUUAUCCUGUCAGGGAUUAUCGGCCUCACUACAUGGAAGCGGCCCAUGCUCCUGUUGGUGAAUCUAUUCGUGUUGCUGUCCAUGGUGUGUAUCCUGCUGAACCUGGCAGGCUUUAUCCUCUGCUGUCAGGGAGCUCAGCUGGUGUCCAGCACCAUCCACUGUCAGCUGGAUGGGAAUAGUGAUAUCUGUAACUGCUGUGCCGAGAGCCCCAGCAAGUGUCAAGACGAGGAGGUGAUAAAGAUUUAUGCAGGACACUCAUGUGCGUCGAUGAGGGUGCUGCUCAAGAAAGUUCUGUUUGCGCUGUGUGCAUUGAAUGCGCUGACCACAGUAGUGUGUCUGAUUGCAGCUGCACUCAGGUACCUGCAGAUCUUCUCCACCAGACGGCCCUGCAUGGAAGAGCCACAAAACGUUGCAGAGGAAGAAGAGCAGCCACACAUUCCUGACCCUGAUGAUUUUGUUCCACCCGCACCACCUCCUUCCUACUUUUCCACCUUCUACUCCUACACACCACGGCUGGCUCGCAGGAUGUUUGGUGACAGUGUGAUCCCACUGCCUCACAUAUACGGGGCGAGGAUUAAAGGCGUGGAGGUUUUCUGUCCCCUCGACCCUCCUCCGCCCUAUGAAGCAGUAGCAGCAAGGCAGGCUGAGCCAUCACAGGUGCAGGACCCCGAGGUUCAAGUGACAGAUCUGACUGAGGGGGUGUCACACUGCUCCGAGACGGACACGGCCAGCGAUGACAGGUGUAUGCAGACAGCCGUAUUGAGUUCCUCACCGCCCUCACAGUCCAUCCCAGCCUCGAGCAGCAGAAAGCCACGUAGACAGCGGCACCGCAGGUCCAACAGUGACCCUGUUCUCCUGGACCUGACUGCUAAAGCAGUAAUGAGCUGUGAGGCAGCCACGCAGACAGAAGUAGGUCCUGGGACAGCGGUGGGGUCGGGGCCUGAGACAGUGCAUCCGGUUGUCACUCUGCGGCGGGGGAGGGGUCAUCGCAGACCACGCCCCUCCUCCAUGGUGGAUUAUCAGAGCUACAGGGACACCAAGCUGCUAGUGGCACGUUUCCUGCAGCAGCAGUCACCGUGUAGCCUGACGCCGGAGGUGCAAGAGCUCAUCAACAGCAUUAAGAGCGUGCUGCGCUCUGAUCAGGAACACAUGGAAGAGGCUGUGCGCUGUGCCACCUUCAUCCAGCAGGUGAUGAGCGUCUCGGAGAGCGGGCAGGCGCGGGCAACAUGUGCCAGACAGACGCAGCCAGACUGCACAUCUCACACACUGCCUCUGCGUAAGCGUCCGGGUCUCCUCCACCUGCGCAGCUGUGGAGACCUCAGCACCUUCACCUGGGCAGAGCUGCAGGUCAGUGGGCAGGGCAGACCGAGCUCCCGGGCCAACUCCAGGACGGGCUUUCGGACUGGAACCCGCCGGCUGGCACAGGAGCGCCCGCACAGCCUGAUAGGUGUCUCGCAAGAAACCAUUAUCUAAAAGCUGAAAGAUUCUGUUGUGUGUGCUGGAGUCGAGGAAUGUCCUGAGUGACGCAAAGCUUAUGCGCAAAGAUAUGUAGAAUUUGUGCUUGUUUUUUUUUUUUUUUUUUUGCUUUUCAAUUUUCAAUUUUUUUUUUUUUUU